AUGACCUUCCCAAGCGAAUGCGACGUCUUGGUUGUAGGGAGCGGCAAUGCGGGGUUCUCCGCAGCUGUUUCCGCCGUUCAAUCCGGGGCAAAAUCAGUUGUUCUGAUUGAUAAAUGCCCAGAAGAAUGGGCAGGAGGCAACACAUACUUCACUGCCGGUGCAUAUCGGACUGUUCACGGAGGUCUUUCGGAUCUUCUCUCUGUAGUGAACAAUGUCGACAAAGAUCUGGCAAGCCGAAUCGACCUCGGUCCUUACUCGGAGGAUGACUUUGCCAACGACAUGCAUCGCAUAUGUAUGGGCCGUUCCGAUCCACAACUUGCGCAUACUCUUAUCUCCGAAUCCAACUCUGCGAUCAAAUGGCUUGCCAAGAAUGGGAUCCGGUUUCAGCUUUCCUUCAAUCGUCAAGCAUACAAAUUGAAUGAUCGAUACCAAUUUUGGGGUGGACUAGCGUUGAAAACACAAGAUGGCGGAAAGGGGCUCGUCGAGGACCACAAAGCAGCUGCGCAUCGCCAUGGUGUCACUAUGUGUUGGUCAACAGCUUUGACUGGGGUUGAUGUUCAAAAGUCCUUGAUUAAUCCAGACGCAGCGACAAAUGCUUUACGCGUCAAAGCUUCUGUGCUUCACGGGGGCGUUGAGGGAGCAAUUCAGGCCCACGCCCUCAUUUUCGCAGCUGGCGGCUUUGAGGCCAACCCCCGCAUGCGAUGCCAAUACUUAGGCCCAGGCUGGGAUAUGGCCAUGGUCCGAGGCACGCCAUACAACACAGGAGACUGUCUGGAACUCGCCAUUCGGGAACUGGAUGCCAAGCCCGUGGGCAACUGGUCUGGCUGUCAUUCCGUUGCUUGGGAUGCAAAUGCAAAUCCCAAUGUUGGUGAUCGUGAAGCCUCCAAUGAAUACACCAAGUCCGGAUAUCCUCUAGGUCUAAUGCUGAAUGUUCACGGAAAGCGAUUUGUUGAUGAGGGGGUCGAUUUGCGAAACUAUACAUACGCUCGUUUUGGAAAGGCUAUUUUAGCACAGCCGGAGCACAUUGUUUUUCAGGUUUGGGACGCCCAAACGACCCCCUGGCUUCGUGAGGAAGAGUAUCGUGAUGAGCGAGUUGAACGUAUCACCGCAGACACUCUAGAGGAAUUAGCAGAGAAUUGCGCCCAGCGAGGUUUGCAGAAGAGUGAUCAGUUUGUGGCGACUGUUAAGGAGUACAACGAAGCCGUUUAUGCCUAUCGCCGUGAGAACACAACUGCGGAAUGGAACCCGGCAAUCCGUGAUGGAGUCUCAACCGAAUCAAGUGCUGAGCAGUUGGAGAUUCCGAAGUCAAACUGGGCGUUGGCAAUUGAAACAGCGCCCUUCUUGGCUGUAAAGGUAUCUUGUGGCAUUACAUUCACGUUUGGAGGAUUGGCCGUCGAUCCAAAGGACGCCCGGCUUAUCCGAUCCACCACCGGAGAGCCUCUCUCAAACAUGUUCUGUGUGGGUGAGAUGAUGGGCGGUCUCUUCUAUAACAAUUAUGCUGGAGGUAGUGGGUUAACGUCGGGUGCGGUUUUUGGACGCCGCGCUGGGGAGGCUGCUGCAAAGGUGGCCCUUACUGCGAGAGAAGAGUCUCAAGGCAGAUCUGAUAGAUAG